AUGUUCAUCAGAAACCACCCUAACUCCCAAGUUUCACGAUUUUUUCAAAAAGGCUUCUCAGAAAUUUCUGAAGGAAUUGUUGGGAAAGCAUUGCAUGCACUUUAUGUGAAAGAUGUUAUUCAACUCAACACAUUCUAUACAAAUACUUUGAUUAACAUGUACUCCAAGUUUGGCAGCAUGAAAUAUGCUCAACACGUUUUUGAUAAUAUGUUGGAUAGAAAUGAUGCUUCUUGGAAUAACAUGAUGUCGGGGUUUGUUCGUGUGGGUUGGUUCCAGGGAGCUAUGAAAUUCUUUUGCCAUAUGUUUGAAUAUGGUGUUACCCCAAGCAGUUACGUAGUUGCUAGUUUGGUGACUGCCUGUGAUAGGUCAGGGUGCAUGACUAAAGGGGCACUUCAGAUUCAUGGUUAUGUUGUCAAAUGUGGUUUGAUGUCUAACGUAUUUGUUGGUACUAGUUUGCUUCACUUUUAUGGUACACAUGGUUCGGUUUUUGAGGUUAACAAACUCUUUGAGGAGAUUGAGGAACCAAAUAUAGUCUCUUGGACUUCUUUGAUGGUUUGCUAUGCAGAUAAUGGGCAUACAAAAGAAGUUCUAAACAUUUAUCGGCAUUUAAGGAACAAUGGGCUAAUUUGUAAUGAAAAUACAAUGGCUACAGUUAUUAGAACUUGUGGAAUGUUUGAGGAUAAAACCUUGGGUUAUCACAUCCUUGGAGAUGUCGUCAAAUCUGGAUUAGACACUAGUAGCGUCUCUGUAGCAAACUCCCUUAUAUCCAUGUUUAGCAAUUACGAUAAUGUAGAGGAGGCAUCUGUUGUGUUUAAUAACAUGAAGGAACGAGACACAAUUUCGUGGAAUUCAAUUAUUACCGCAACUGCACAUAAUGGCCGUUUCGAAGAAUCUCUAGGACACUUCUUUUGGAUGCGUCGUACUCACACAAAAACAAAUUAUAUUACUAUAUCUGCCUUGUUACCGGCAUGUGGUUCUGCACAACAUUUGAAGUGGGGAAGAGGACUUCAUGGUCUAAUAAUAAAAUCUGGACUGGAAUCAAAUGUUUGUGUAGGUAAUAGUCUUUUAAGUAUGUACUCUCAGGCUGGAUCAUGUGAGGAUGCAGAGUUUGUUUUUCAUACAAUGCCAGAGAGGGAUUUAAUUUCAUGGAAUUCCAUGAUGGCAAGCCAUGUUGAAGAUGGAAAGCAUUCACAUGCCCUGCAACUUUUGGUUGACAUGCUCAAAACAAGAAUGGCAACGAACUACAUAACUUUUACGACUGCAUUAUCUGCCUGUUAUAAUUUAGAAAAACUAAAGAUUGUUCAUGCCUUUGUGAUUCAUUUUGGCGUACAUUACAAUGCAAUCAUAGGUAAUACAUUGGUCACCAUGUAUGGGAAGUUUGGAUUGAUGGCUGAAGCACAAAAGGUGUGCAAAAUUAUGCCUGAGAGAGAUGUGGUAACAUGGAAUGCACUGAUAGGUGGCCAUGCUGAUAACAAAGAUCCAAAUGCCGCAAUUGAAGCCUUCAACUUAUUGAGAAGAGAAGAUUUGCUUUCAAACUACAUUACUAUUGUCAAUCUUCUCGGUGCUUGUUUGUCUCCUGAUUAUCUUUUGAAACAUGGAAUGCCAAUCCAUGCACACAUAGUUGUGGCAGGAUUUGAAUUAAAUACGUAUGUCCAAAGCUCCCUAAUUACAAUGUAUGCACAAUGUGGUGAUCUUAACGCAAGUAACUAUAUUUUUGAUGUAUUAGCUAAUAAAAAUUCUAGUACUUGGAAUGCCAUUCUUUCUGCAAAUGCUCAUUAUGGGCCUGGAGAGGAAGCACUAAAAUUUAUUGCAAGGAUGAGAAAUGACGGGGUUGAUUUAGAUCAGUUUAGCUUCUCUGUUGCUCUUGCUACUAUUGGUAACUUGACAGUACUGGAUGAGGGUCAGCAGCUUCACAGCUGGAUUAUUAAACUGGGGUUCGAGUCAAACGAAUACGUUUUGAAUGCUACAAUGGAUAUGUAUGGCAAAUGUGGAGAAAUUGAUGAUGUAUUUAGAAUCCUUCCCCUACCAAAAAGUAGGUCACAGAGGUCUUGGAACAUUUUAAUAUCAGCUUUGGCCAGACAUGGGUUUUUCCGCCAGGCUACGGAGGCCUUUCAUGAGAUGAUCGAUCUGGGACUGAGACCUGAUCACGUCACAUUUGUUUCACUUCUGUCUGCCUGCAGCCAUGGGGGUUUGGUGGAUGAGGGUCUUGCAUACUUUGCUUCAAUGACAACUGAAUUUGGUGUCCCUACUGCAAUAGAGCAUUGUGUAUGCAUAAUUGAUCUUCUUGGCCGAUCAGGAAGGCUUGCUGAGGCCGAAGCUUUCGUUGAUUCGAUGCCAGUCCAACCAAAUGAUCUCGUUUGGCGUAGCUUGUUGGCUUCUUGCAAAAUACACGGAAAUUUGGAGCUCGGGAGGAAAGCCGCUGAUCGUCUUUUCGAGCUGGACUCAUCUGAUGAUUCGGCCUAUGUUCUUUAUUCAAAUGUUUGUGCAUCUACCCAAAAGUGGGGAGAUGUAGAGAAUGUGAGAAAGCAAAUGGAAUCACAAAGCUUAAAGAAGAAACCUGCCUGCAGUUGGAUCAAGUUAAAAAACAAGGUUACGACUUUUGGAAUGGGAGACCAGUUUCAUCCACAAACUGCACAAAUCUAUGCAAAGUUGGAAGAGCUCAGGAAGAUGACUAGAGACGAAGGCUACGUGCCAGACACAAGCUAUGCGUUGCAAGAUACAGAUGAUGAACAAAAGGAGCACAAUCUUUGGAACCAUAGUGAGAGAAUUGCCCUAGCAUUUGGGUUGAUCAAUAGUCCCGAAGGCUCACCUAUUAGAAUUUUUAAGAAUCUUCGUGUUUGUGGUGAUUGCCACUCUGUUUUCAAGCUAGUUAGUAAAACUGUUGGUAGGAAAAUCAUAGUAAGGGAUUCAUAUCGGUUUCAUCAUUUCUAUGGUGGCAACUGUUCUUGUUCAGACUACUGGUAGUGGAUUGAAUUUUAUUGUUGGAUGUAGUAGUUAUAAAAUGUUAUAUUUUGAAGUUUAUUGAGUUUGA